CUAGGAAGAACUCUGGGUACAAUAAUGAACACAAGGUACAUGAUGAUGCCUCAAAUCUUAAGAUCUCAUCUGAUAAAUGCUUCAGUGAUUCCUGAUCGAAUGAAAAUGCUUCCAUAUCUCGGUGUCAUUAGAAAUAGAAUGAUGUCAACCCAUAAAUCCAAAAAGAACAUCAGAGAAUAUUAUAGGCUGCUGAGUCUGGAUGAAGGAUGCUCUGCAGACGAUGUCAGGGAAUCUUUUCGUAAGCUUGCCAAACAAUACCAUCCAGACAGUGGCUCUAAUACCGCUGAUUCUGCAACAUUUAUAAGGAUCGAAGAAGCUUAUAGAAAGGUGCUUUCCCAUGUGAUAGAACAAACAAAUGCCAGACAGAAUAAAGUUGAAGAAGUGGAAGAAGAAGAAGAAAAAUUCAAAUAUAAAACACCUCAACACAGGCAUUAUUUAAGUUUUGAAGGUAUUGGUUUUGGUACUCCAAGUCAACGAGAGAAGCAAUAUAGGCAAUUUAGGGCAGACCGUGCAACGGAACAAGUGAUGGAAUAUCAAAAACAGAAACUACACAGCCAUUAUUUCGCUGAUAGUGUAAUUGUUAAAGAUGUAAGACAGAGCAAAGAACAAAAAAUAACUCAAGCUAUAGAACGUUUAGUGGAGGACCUCAUUCAAGAAUCAAUGGCAAAAGGAGACUUUGACAAUCUCAGCGGGAAAGGAAAACCUCUAAAAAAGUUUUCUGGCUGUUCCUACAUUGAUCCUAUGACUCACAACCUGAACAGAAUAUUGAUAGAUAAUGGAUACCAGCCAGAAUGGAUCCUCAUGCAAAAGGAAAUAAAGGAUACUAUUGAGCAACUCAGAGAGGCAAUUUUAGUGUCUAGGAAAAAACUUGGGAAUCCAAUGACACCAAUGGAACAGAAGCAGUGGGACAAAGUUUGUGAGCAGUUUCAAGAAAACAUCAGAAAACUAAACAAGCGGAUUAAUGAUUUUAAUUUAAUUGUCCCCAUUCUGACCAGGCAAAAAGUCCAUUUUAAUGCACAGAAAGAAAUUAUCAGAGCCCAGAAAAUAUAUGAGACUCUUAUAAAAACAAAAGAAGUCUCAGAUAAAAAAACAAAUAACACUGAUAAUGGAGGAGAGAAAACACCUGGGGUCAAGACAGGUUUUUUUAACUGGAUACAUCUGUGGAAAUUUAUUAAAAUUUGAUCAUUUUGAUGUUCACGAUCACAGUACUGCCCCAAGUCAUUUUCAGUUCCACUG